AUGCUUGUCAUGCCACCGAUGCUGACCGGGAUUGGGCCCUAUUUUAAGUUCCCGAUGGAAUACGGAAUAUGGCCAAUGAGGUUAGAUGACACGGCCUGGAAAUCCUCGAGCUUCGUGAGCUGGCCGAUGUUUAUAGGCAGCUGGCUCGGGCGGAAGGGAUUCCAGGACAGGAGUAGUCGAGUCAUUUUGGUCAUGUUAGAUACGAACUCGGGGAAAGCGGUCCCGUUUAGUAAAUUGGAAAUGAGGUUGAGAUGCUCGAGAUUCCGCAAGUUUAUGAAGCUCACGGGGAUCUCCCCAGAAAAAUUGUUGAACGAAAGGUCCAAAAUCUUUAGUUUGACAAAAUGUGGCGGGAAAUCUGGCAGCGUGCCGACGAAGAGGUUGAGUGAGAGGUUGAGGGAGACGAGAUUCGAGCAGUUGGAAAUCGAGAGGGGUUCGACUCGGCCGCCUAAGGUCGGAAUUCGGCACAAGUCUGAUGGGAAGGGACCGGAAAUGUUGAAACCGGUUAAGUUUAUGGAGAUGACGUUUUUGGUCCGUGGGUCGCACGAGAUGCCGGUCCAGUUGCACGCUGUCAAGCUGACCACGAGGGACCUGGAAUUGGGUUUGCAUGACGUGGAGCAGGAUUUCGGCCAGGUUGUGUGA